GCCCUAGAAGAGAGCGAGGGGAAGAGGUGAGUGAUACCUGCGGGGACCUCUGCCGGGACCACCACACCUCCCCCCACUUCUCUUCACCAAACUAGCAGCCCCAGGAGGGGAAAGCCUAAGUGAUGGUUGGACCCCAGAGGUCCGCCAGACCCAAGCCCCUCAAUCCAGACUGGGAAGAGAAGCCCCUCCUGCCUGUAAGCCUGAGGUUGCUGGUCUUGGAAUUCCCUGGUAGCCCUGAGACCUGAGCACCAGCUCUUCCCGGGCGGGGCCCCCUUAGAGAGAACCACCCAGGCCUGCCUGUAAGCCAGCAUCUCGGUGCUGGCUGCAUUUGUGCCAGUCAGCAGGUUUCUCCUGCUCUGUGGAAGUGAGACCUCGGGCAUUGUGAUCAGAAUCUCAGAAGUGCCCUCACAGCUGCCACAGCCAGUGUCACGUGUGUCCCAGCAGAGUGGCCCUGGAGUUCAGAGGUCUCCGACAGGCCCGUAAGGACACCUUCCUCACCUCCCCUCCUGUCAACUGGCUCUGGACGCCCGUGUCCAAUUGCAAGCUGCCUCUGACUUGGACCACGGUCCCGCAGUGCUUUUGCUCACGAGUCCUCAGCCUCUGCAAGAGCCCCAAGCGCCAGGCUACCCCUUUGGCAGCAUAGCCUGGGCAUUCAGCCUGAGCUGCCAGCUGCCGUGUGCUUGCCGGGGCCAGUGGGGUCCAGAACAGCCCCGAAGUGGAAGCAAAGCCAGCUGUCUGUCGGCGGAUGAACACAGAGGCAGCACACCACGGUCUAGGCAACCGCAGAUGCGACUCAGCCAGAGGAAGGGGGCAGGAGUGAUGCAUGCUGCGAGGGAAGCCAGGCACCAGGACCCACCAGGCCGAAAGCAGAGCAGGGGCUGCCAGGAGCGGAGGAGGGGACAGGGUGACUGCGCUCUGAGGUUUCAGGAGGUCCAUGCCAGCACACCGCUCAGCACGGUGGUGGUGAUGAUGGGUGUGAGUGCUUGUCUCUGUCUGGCUCUGGCUGGCGGUUUUGCAUUUGGACUUCAGGACAAGCUGCCAGCUGGAGUGCAAUGGCACCAUCUCAGCUUGCUGCAACCUCCGCCUCCCAGGUUCAAGAGAUUCUCGUGCCCCAGCCUCCUGAGUAGCUUGGAUUACAGACCUGGCAGAAGACACAGCCCCCAAGGUGUGAGAGGAGAGAGGGGCGAAGGGAAACCUUUCUGCACCAGGGCGGCCACCUCCAAGGAGCUCAGCUGGAACACGAUGCUACAGCUGAUGGGACCCCCAAAAGAUCCACUUUCUGAGUCCUGGACAGCACCUUCCUGCUGUGUCACACUGGGGCCUCAUGGCCUCCCAGCACCAUCGCCCUGGAGAGGGUCCAUGGCUUUCCUCAGAUUCCAGGAGGAUUUGCGAUGCCCGGAACACGGCUGGCCCUGGGCUCAGAAGCUGAGGUCAGCCACGCACCAGCUCCCAGGACUGCACACUCCCAGCUCCUGCCUGAGAAUCGCCCAGGACUGGAAGGAAAGCAGGCUCCAAGCUCCCUGGAAGCCAAGGGAACACAUGGUGAUGGUUCUGGCCAUGCCUGGCCCUAGGCAUGAGGCUCCCAUGACCCGCUCCGUGACCCAGAGGCAGGCAGUGAGAAGAGGCCUGGUUCCUGGGCCACUGCUGACCGUGGGCUGGCCAGGCCAGACGCCGGGGCUCCUCCCACCUGGGAGCAGACUGCAGGAUUUACCCGGCCACCUCUGCUGCAGACGGGGCAGCUCCCUGGCUCAGGUCCACAGGAAGAUGCGAGUCCCAGACCUCCAUUUCAGGUCCUCACAGCCCCUGUGCUCCCAACUGCUACCUGUGCUGAUGACCCAGGGGCCAGAGCAGGCCUGGGGCUUCUUGGACGCCUCCCAUUCACCCUGCCUUUAUCUGAAGCUGCUGAGUACGGACUGUGUUCAUUGCUGCCCCAGAGGCCCUGGGGUCAGCUCGACGCAGCCUGGACCUUCCCUUCCAAGAACUGACCUGAGCCUCCAAGCUUGCCCCAGGGCUGGGGGCAGUAUUUGCCCUGACAACCAGACUCCCUCUUCUUACCAAGCAAUAGACGCUGGCUGGCCAGAGCCCAGAAGAGACUAAACACCCACCCCCGGAUCACUGGAGCACCUGAAAUCUCCGUGGGCCCUUCCUGAUUCAGAUGCAGCCAGAUGGGUCCCAGGCGGGUUCUGGGCCACCCUCCGCUACAGGGAUUCCAGAUGCAUCUCAGAAAGCCUGCGUCCCUGAUAGAUUCUUUCUCACCCUGACGACACAGGCAGUCACAGGUGACAUUUCUCCUGGGGCCUGGUGAGAGGCAGAUGCAGCCCGGUGCAGCAUCAGGCCCCUCUUGCCUGGGUAGCAGGUGCCAGCCUGGUGAGACUCGCUCUGUCUGGGUGGUGAGGGCGUGAGUCUCCUGCAGCGGCUGCACAUGACCACAGGUGAGAGGUUUCUCCUCACAGUUCUGGAGGUUCCACCAGUAUCAGCAGGGCCGUGCUCCCUCCAGAGGCUCAGGGGAGGCUCCUUCCUGCCUCUCCCAGCUUCUAGGGGCUCUUGACGUGGCUUGUGGCCACCUCACGCCUGCCUCUGCCUGUCGCCAUGCCGCCUCCUCCCUUGUGUCUGGGUCUCGCCUUUUCCCUUGUCAGAACACCCAGGUAAUCCAAGAUGGCCUCAUCCCGCGCUCCUUAACUCAGUUCCAUCUGAAGACCCACAGCAGCCUCUCCCCGCCCAGCCCUGCUAUCCUCCCCUCUUCCAGGUUCAUCUCCGGCAGGCAGCCAUGCAGCAGGGAAGCAUGGAUCUGGAGAGCAGACUCUGGGAGGUCAGGAGGACCCCAGCAGGGGUGAGUGGGUGCGGACAGCCCCUGGUGGCCAUUUCUGUGGAGACUGGGCCUAGAGGAGGGUGCUCUGCUGAGUCCUGAAGAGUCCGAAGGGCCACCUAACUGGGAGGACCGUGGCCGUGGGAGACUCUGUGGAGGCCACUGCCUCAUCCAAGAGACAACAGUCUAGGGUGUUUCAAGGUGAAAUGUAAAAGCCAGGGGGCUUUCGGGCACCAUUUCAGGAAACUCCAACCUCCUGCAGCCAGGGUCGGAGGGAGGCCAGGACCCAGAAGGCUGCACUCAGCAGGGCAGCAUCCCGUGCCGAGGCCAGAGCCAGAAAGAACAGGACUGGAGACGCAGGGUAAAGGAACCUGGGCAGACAGAGCUGAGGGCCUGACCUUCCCUCCAGGUCCUGCAGAGGUGACCUUUGCCCUCUUGACAGAGACCAAGCAGCCCUUCCUGCUGGAAGACCCCUACGGUGACCUCUAACAUGAGACUUGCCUCCCAGGAUCUCCCUGGCUCCCCUCAUGGGACCAAACCAACCACAAGGGCAGGUCCCCACACUCUCCAGGGAGGUGCUGGGCUGACUCUGGUUGGGCUCCCAGCAGGAUUUGGCCAACAGGGUCCGGGAGGGAGCUCAGGAUCCAUCCCCAGGCUGCCAGAUCCAGGGACAAGAAACCGGGAGAGGGUCAACAUGAACGCUCUCCUAAGACUGGACUUUAACACCUGGGCCAGAACUCCGAGGGUCGUGGACACCUAUGGUCUGCCAGGGCGGCUCUCGGAAGCUUUGUGGGGGCAGGGGAUCGGGGACGGCCGGAGUAGAUGCUGUGGCCCCAGGGUGCACAGCUGGAUCAAGGUCCUAUAUAUGGCUGGCACCGCCGGGGGGCACAGGUGAAGGCACAGAACUGUCACAGGGAUGCCUGUCUGUGGCACUUCCACUGCUGGGCCCUCCUCUGCUAUUGAAGGUGGCGUGCCAAAGCUACACAGAACCUCAGGGUCGCCAGUACAGGACCUCUGGCCUGUGGGGUCCUCAAUGCUCAUGAAAGGCUGGUUUCAUGGAACUGGCUGGCCAUGAAUGCCUCUGGCCCUUUCUGCUCCUGAGAAACUCUCUUUUCAGGCAGUCUGUCCUUUCCACCUAGCUCAGUCCCCUCUCCAUGAGGACACCUCUCCCUCAAGCCUCCGGGUGCCCCGAAUUGAGGCGGGCUGCUGCAAGCUCCCGAAGCCCAGUGUGCCCCAGUGCACACACUCUGCGGGUCUCCUGGCUGUGAACAGCGGCCUCGGGGGAGCCCGAAUCCUCAGGGCGGAGCCCAUCACUGCACUUCCCUUGGAGAGAAGCUGGCGGAAAACAGCCAGAGCUCAGAAAGAAGCAAAUGCAGCCCGAUUCCACUUUGUGCAAACGCCUGCCCUCAGGCAGCUGCUGGUGCCCUCACCCUCUUAAUGCAUUAUUAACGCCUGCAGCCCAGACUAACGUGUCUCAAUAAUUAUCAGUACACGGGAUGUGGUGGAUCAGAACUCAGCCUCCGCGUCCCAGAAGAGCCCUCAUCCACCCGGUCCUCAGUGAGGAGGCUGACAGCAGACAGCUCAGCGUUUAGCUUUAGGGCAUCACACUUACUGCUCUUCCUUGGGUGGGUACUGAGUGUCACAUGGCUGCAGGAGACACCCCCACAGCCCCUCCGCAGAGCCCUGGUGGACAGCCUGGCUGUGCUCUGGCCCUCUGCAUCCAUUUGCAAUGUGACCCACCUCCCAGCUCCGUGAGUGUGGGAAGUAUAAAAGUUCCUCUUUCAGGUUUCCUUGUUAAAGAGUAAAUCGUAAGUGUGCUGAUAA